GAAACAAAAUAACGCUGCCGGGUGAGAAGACAGAUGUUUGCCCCAGUGAUCCCUCUCGCUUCUCCUCUUCCUCUCUGACGGAUGGGAAAAUGGGUAGAUUAUGUUGAAAACGGUCGGACAUCUUGGACAGUCUCUAGUUAUUUUAAAUCUCAGUGACGUAAUGAAAGACGGACGCGUUGUCACAAAAAAAAUACGGUCGGCUGCAUAUAUUGUGAAAUUAUUUUGAUGUAUUAUAAAAGUAUAGGGUUUUAUGUUGCUAGAACCGUACCGCAACUGAGAAUUUAUUCACGUUUAAAUGGAGUAUUUGGCUGUCAGUGUCAGAGCCAAUUCGCUUCUAAACAGAACAUGUAACGUUAGUUAACUAAGGUUCUUUGAAUAUAGAAGGAUUAGCGUUAGGCUCCUUUAGUCCAUUAUUGUGCUAGGGUUUACUUACGUUUUCCAGGACCGAAUUUGAGUCCGAAUCAUUGCGUGUUUUAUAUAAUUGACCCCACUUUGUUAUCCUCUUCAUACCGAAAAAGUGGUGUACAACUAACGUUAACACAGGAGUUAGACGUCAAAAGAAAUACGGAAGUGAAACGAUAGCACGCAAUUAGUACCACUUCCUUUUUAAACUACGAGGAACGAACAGGACAAAACGAAAAAUAACACAACGUUGCGAUGCCUAUGUAGCUGUUGGUUGUUGAGUCAUUCUGGCGCAAAAGCCUCAAAGUUCCCAACAAUAUGCUGUCACCUGUUCUGGUGGUCCUAGUAAAUGGGUGCGUUCCAGAGCAACGGCAACGUGAUUGUAAUCGAUGCGCACUUUGGAUUCUGCGCUCCCUAAUCUGAAAUAUCAUUGUUUAAUCAAUCAACAAUAUGCUAUUACCUGUGCUGGACGUACUUUUUUAACCUUUGGUCUUGGAGACACACUCAUUUAAUCAAUACAUUCUCCAAACAGAGAUGGUCUAAAAGGGUACGAGAUGGGACGAAUACACCUUGCAUAUUACGACAUAUGAUCAGAGACGGAAGAGGAAGCGAGACAUCCCACUCCCUCGUUUUUUUCUGGUUCAUAUACAUUAGACCAGACCACAGUUUAUAUCGCAUAGCCACCCCGGAACCAUGUUUUCAAUGAUAAACGCUUAAUUUAUCCACCAUAUUUGGUAUGAUGACUCUUUUGAUAUACUGAGGGGCGACGACCGUCGACCGCCAUCUUAGUUCGGGGCAAUAUCAUGCCGAAAAGUUGUUCUGCAUAUAACUGUACCAAUAGGUACAGCAAACAUACAGAAAUUACUUUUCACAGAUUUCCUUUCAGCAAACCAACUGUAUUUAGACAAUGGCUGGAUAACAUAUGCCGAGAUGACUUUUAUCCAAAGAAACACAUGGUCAUCUGCUCCCUUCAUUUUACUAUGGAUUGUUUCAGUGGCUUAGGCAACCGCAAAAACCUGCUGUGGAACGCUGUACCCACCCUUUUUACAUUUCCACCACCAAAUUCUAAGAAAAGAAAGUCAGGAAAAAGGCUCAAAAUGCUUCCAAAGUGUGUCAGUGUGUCCCAAGAAAAGAUGGAAACACAGAAUGACCUGGACCCAGAAGAGAGACUUCUAUCCAAAUCUGCAGAGGGCAACAAGAAACAUGUUGUCAUCUUCGAUCACAGUUACUCGCUGUCCGACCCAUGUGGAGUGAAGGCCCAGCUAUUCAAAGCCUUGGAUACCAACAAAUGGCUCAACAGAAGGUUACAAAUGAAGAGCCAGCUGAUCAACAAGAUGCGGUUUAAAUUGAAGGCAGCACGCUCCGAGUUGUCAAGUCUACGCAGCUGGCAGAAUCAGGCCAGGGCUGCUGGUAAAGUAUCUAUACGGCCAAGUGUACAGAGGAUAGCUGUGAAUGAUAUCAGCUGACACAUUGACAUUGGUUUUAUUGGAAAGCUAUUUUGUAUUGGAACACAAGGAGUUAAAUUAAUUUGCUGAUCCUCUUCUGAAAACAUAGUCUUGAAGACAGACUUUUCCCAAUUUCAUCUUGGUCAAUGAGUGUAAAAUAUUUAUUUUGGAAAGCUUUGCAGCCAGAUCCAUCUUGCUGCCAUCUGCAAAACCAUUCUUUAGAUAAUAUAGUAUACUUUUCCCAAGAGUUUAAAGGGACCUUCCUGGACUGAGUUUUUAUUCCUGAAUUAAAAUCAAUCAAGGAUUAAAACACAAAUGAAGUUGAAAAAUAUUCCAUUGACAUCUGCACAUGCAGGCCUUUACAAACAUGACCUGAAUGUUUUUAAUAUAUAUAUUUAAAAAAUACCAUUUCAUGAACACAUACAUUUUCUUAUACAUUCCCUAGAACUAAAGUGUAAAUGCAUUAGAUGUUCAUGUCAAUAAACCACUCAAGUUACAUAACUGAA